AGCCCUUGUUGAGGGUCUUUUAUUUGAGUUCUUCCACGUGGAUACCCUUUCAGUCACUUUGAAGGAGACGAUGCGGCCGACGACGUGGCUGAGCGCGGGCUUAGCGGCGCUCCUGGCAGCCGCGCAGCCCUCGCUGACGUCUGCGCGUGGUGUACACGUGAACCUGACGGCCAGUUGGCCAAGCUCCCCGUUCUUCCCUCUUAUGGAGACCAGGUCGGUGGCUCUAGUAAAGGGUCUCAAUUAUUCGUGAGUCUAUCUUAUUUGGAGUAAUUCUUAUUUGCAGUGAAUUCUUGGCGGAGGAGAAUCCCCUUUACUUCUGGCAGUUCCUGGAGGAGUUAGAGACGCGCACGGCAUAUGUGGAAUUCAUGGGCAACGACGUGGAUGCCCUGGGGACACUCGCAGUGACUGUUGCUGAGAGCAUCGCAGCCGGAUCCAAGAAUGUCUUGGAGUUGAUGCUGGCGACCCGAACGUACUCAGUGCAGGUGGAAAUGUUCCGACAGUUGGGUCUGGACUCGGGUGUUCGUCCAUGUGGAGAGGAUGCAGACACGUGGGCAGUUUUCUACAAUGAACCACACUGUGUGGAGUCAGUUGCCUGUUCCGUGGACGAGCUGGAAGCUAUUUUACGUGGCAAGAAGAAGCAGCAGAACAAGGAUCAGACUUGUGUGGCUGCAGGUGUCAAUGACAUCGAAUUGCAGGUGGACCACAAGUAUCCGUUCAUUGCAUCGGACUCCGAGAAAACCCCAAUGUCGGCGAUUCUCUAUGGUCUUGUGGGUACGGAGAAGUUCCAUGCUUUCCACAAGAAACUCGUCAAGCAAGCGCAGAAUAACAAUAUUCAGUAUAUGGUGCGUCACUACCCGCGUGACUCGCCCUUAGACACGUUACUGCAGGGAUAUGGUGUGGCGUUGGAUAUCAAGAACAUGGAGUACAAGACAAUUGACGACUCUAAGAAAACUGGUGGCGAUGAUACUGCUAAUGACGAGGAAGGUGCGGAAGAAGAAGACGAAGAGGAGGAGGAAAUCGACGAUGAAGAAGUCGACGGAUUCCUGUUCAAGCCUUUGAUGGCUCGCCACGGAGCUAUUGCUGAUGAUCUUAAGCAGUUUUACGAUAUCCUUGUCAAGAAGGCCGAUGGAGAGCAGGAACAGGAACUGAAGGCGUGGCAUCUGAAAGAUUUGGGCGCGAGUGCGGUCCGUGCUAUCGUGGACGCUAAGAACCCGCUGAAGAGACUUGAGACGCUAUCACAGGACUUCCCAGUCCAGGCGAAAAAGCUGGCGUUCUCGCGCAAGUCGAUUUCUACCGAGCUACGCGAAGAGAUUGCCCUCACACGCAUGCAGGCCGCCAACAGAAGACUAAAGAACAAGUUCAUUAUGAACGGCAUCGCUGUGGACCCAACGGAACGUUCGUUUAACGUGUUUGACUUCAUGAAAACACUCAAAGAAGAGUGGUCCGUGGCCAAGCAGCUUGGUGGUUUGCCCCUGAACCAGUCAGAACUGGAAGAUAUGCUCAAGCAUGUGCGUGAAACGAACCAGGAGCAGCCAGUGGUUCGUAUUCACGUGCAUGGGUCCAUGGGUGGAUCCACUCCACUGUACCUGAACAAUAUCGAGACGGAUCCAAACUCUGCGGACUGGUCACCGGAUUUGAACAUCCUCAGACGCCCAGCGUGGAACCUCAUCUUCGUUCGCAAGAAUAUGUACGAAUGCGUGCUUGUUAUGGAUCCAUUGACUGGUGCAGGUCGUGCUGCACUGUCCCAUAUCGGGUUUAUGCGGAUGCGUGGCGCUCCUGUUCAGUGGGCACUUCUCGUUUCUUCGAAGGAGCUCAUGGCGAGCAAAACGUCUGAUGAGCGUCAAGCGGUAGUGGAGAAGUACAAGGCUUUCAAAACUACAGACAAGGCAAGUCCCUGGCAUUUCGCGAAGCUGUUGAUGUUGGCACAGUCCAAGGACAAUGCUGAGGCUGCAGUUAAGGACGAUGAAACCAAUAAUUCACAGAGUGGUGAUGAGGAAACUACUGAAGUUGAAAAGGAAGAGAACCGAAUCACCCCUACAAGAGUUGCCUCGGGAUUCCUGCAGCGAGUUGGAGAAGAUGGAAGCUCUGAUGUUCUGGUAGAACGCUUGGUGGAAGCCUACGCUGAAGCAGCAGGAGGGGUUGGAACGGUUGAAGACAAUGAAGAAGAGGCACUGGAGUGUUUGAAUAGCGACCAGUUCGAUGACGAAAUCCUGGCGAUGACAGAGUUCAUUCAUCUGAAGCAUCUGCCGUUGGACUCGUUCGUCUUCAAUGGCGUCGUUCAAAAAGAUUUGGACAUUCAGAGGUCGAUGAUGGCCAAUUUCGGGCGUGACCAGCCGUUGUACGUUAACAUGGCUCAUCGAGGUAUGCUGAAUGGUGAAAUGGAUCUCAUUGAGGAGCUCUUGGCUGAGCAGGAUGCAUAUCCUGCUUACUUAUCGAUUUUUGAGAGCUCAGAAGGCAGACCGGGGGACAUGGAAGUCAAGACGCCCAGCCAUCUCGUUGCUGACGAUGUCGAUGGUCGUCUUGAAGCUGCAGCACGACCCGCAGUCUCGUACUUGCAUGCUCCAGGUUCGAGAGCUCUGCCCAAAAAGCAGACUGUGAUUUUCCCUGUGGACCUCAACGACCCACGAGACGCCGGUCAUGCUUAUCGGGUUGUGAAGGCUGUACUGGAGGAUUCCGAGCAGUCCUUACGCGUUGGAGUUGUGGCACAGUUGAAUGAUUCCGAUAGAAACACUGUGGGUGAGCUCGCGGCUGCUAUUAUUGCUGCUAUCGGACAUUCGGACAAUGAAGUCCACCUGAAGUUUGUAUUGGAAGCUCUGAACUGUAUUGUCAAGCAGAAAUCUGUCAACACGAUGAAGGAUAAGCUCAGAGGAAUUUGGAACAAGACAUCGAAGAGCGAAAAUGACAAGGACCCGAUUUACGAGAAGGUACUUAAGCUUCUCAGCAGUAAGACAGGGAAAUGGCUGACUACCAAGCAGCGUGGUGUGCUUACGCAGUUCAACACGCUCCUGCGGUCGCGAUUCCCGCCAUCAUAUGCGCACGAGAGUGAGGAAGAUUCGUCCAAGAUUGCCCUUCCGCAUCUGUUCAUCAACGGAAGACAAGUGGUUCUUCCUCCUCAGUCGCUGUCAGACGAAGAUGUGGCAACUAUCGUGAACUUUGAUCUGAAAUACCGCACUCAACCUGUGGCAAAGGCGCUCAUUAAGCGCAGUGCCACGCUGAAGGCCAGGGAUGCUGACAAGCUAAGCUUUGCUAUCAUGAAGACCACUGGCAUCGUUGACAAGUACGUGAAGACCGAUCGGACGCCCCAAAUGAAUGUGGAGGAGAACUCUCUCAACACUGUUCGUCUGCCGGGCGAUCCUUCUCUUCAGGUUGCUGCUUACGUCGAUCCAUUGUCGGAGUCAGCGCAGGUGAUGAGCUCCUUGCUUCGUAUGCUUCACUCACAGCUAAACGCUACCAUUGAACUGGUUCUCCUUCCUGCUGACGAGUACACGGAAUUCCCGCUGCAACGCUUCUACAGAUACCUGUUUGAUAAGAAGUCGUCGCUUGCUGCUACCAGCGUCGAGUUCCGUAAGUUGCCCGUGCAACCAAUUCUGACUAUGAAAAUCGACACUCCAGAGGCGUGGAACGUACAGGCUUUCCACGCGGGCGAUGACCUGGACAACUUGAGAGUGGAUCCUGACAGUCCUGCAGCGGCGAAGUCUACAACGAGUGCUGUGUUCCAGCUGGAGAGUCUGCUCGUGUAUGGCCAAUGCCGUGAUACGACGUUCAACAUGUAUUCGCCUCCCAACGGUCUGCAGUUAGUUCUUGAGCGCGAGGUUGGAGCUCAGCUGCUGCACCGUGAUACUCUUGUGAUGAAGAACCUGGGAUACUUCCAACUUCAGGCUACACCCGGCGUGUGGUCACUGCACUUGGCAAGAGGUAGAGCCGCUGAACUCUAUGACAUUAUUGACCUAGACACCGAACUUCCGUUGGAGACCCACCCCAUCACAGUUUAUGACUUCGGUUCGCACAUUUCUCAGCUGUAUGUACGCAAGAAAGAGGGCAUGGAACAUGAAGAGCUGCUUCAGUCGGUCGAGGACGCAGCAUCGGAAAAAUCGAAGUCAGAGUCGAGUGCCAGCGAGGACGAUGGAGCUCUCCGCUCAUACUGGAGCUCAAUGCUCAACAUGAUGGGCAAGCAGGACGACAAGAAGAUUCAAGAUGCAGUUACUGAAGCAGAACAAGCAGAUAACGACAGUGCUGUUGUGCAGCACAAGGAGCGCACGGGUGAGACGAUUCACGUGUUCUCGGUGGCGUCUGGCUACCUGUACGAACGAUUCGUCAAGAUCAUGAUGUCGAGUGUGCUCAAGCGCACCAACAACCCGGUGACGUUCUGGCUGCUGGAGAAUUUUUUGUCUCCUGACUUCAAGAAAUCCAUCCCAGUGCUGCGCGAAGAGCUUGGUAUGGACAUUCGUCUGGUGACGUACAAGUGGCCGAACUGGCUGCGUCAACAGACCGAGAAGCAGCGUAUUAUCUGGGGCUACAAGAUUCUCUUCCUGGACGUGCUUUUCCCGCUGGGUGUGCAAAAGAUCAUUUACGUGGAUGCUGACCAAGUCGUGCGUGCUGACCUAAAGGAACUCUGGGAACUCGACUUGCAAGGAAAACCGUACGGCUACACGCCCUUCUGCGACUCUCGUAACGUGGGUUUCCAGUUCUGGCGACAAGGGUACUGGAAGGACCACCUGCGCGGAAAGCCGUACCACAUCAGUGCCUUGUACGUCGUUGACUUGGCGCUCUUCCGUCAGAUGGCGGCCGGCGAUAUGCUGCGUGCAGUGUACAGCCAGCUGAGCGCUGACCCCAACUCGUUGGCGAAUCUGGACCAGGACCUGCCCAACUACGCGCAGCACCAGAUCCCGAUCUUCUCGUUGCCACAGGAGUGGCUCUGGUGCGAGUCGUGGUGCAGUGACGACACCAAGGUGGCAGCCAAGACCAUCGACCUGUGCAACAACCCCAAGCACAAGGAACCCAAGCUGGAUAUGGCCAAGCGUGUCAUCGCUGGAGAACUCUUCAACGAGUCGUGGAUUGAGCUGGACCAAGAGAUUAAGGACGCCGAGGCGAAAUACGCUGCUCAGGCUGCGUAAGUGUGGGUCUGUCAACUGUAUCCCUGAUCAUCAAGAGUCAAAUAGAGAGGGGAGUUCAUAACCUUU